AAAUGGAGAGAGAGAGUGUGUAUUGACCCUUUCCUCCUUUGUUCAUCUCACGCCAAAGAGCUGAAUCAUAUAUAACUGAUACGGACUAUAUAAUCAUCAUCAUCAACAUCAUAAUCCCUUGAAAACGAGAAACUCCGAUUUUUUUCUGUUUCUCCAUUCUCAGCCGAAAUGGAUGCCUACUGUUCCGACUGCAAGAGGAGUACGGAGGUGGUGUUCGACCACUCCGCCGGCGACAUGGUUUGUUCGGAAUGCGGUCUCGUCCUCGAGUCCCACUCCGUCGAUGAGACCUCCGAGUGGAGAACUUUCGCCAACGAGUCCGGCGAUAAUGACCCCAAUCGCGUUGGUGGCCCCAGUAAUCCGCUUCUCACCGACGGUGGCCUCUCCACCGUCAUCUCCAAACCCAACGGAACCACCAGCGAUUUCCUCACGUCCUCUCUCGGCCGCUGGCAGAACCGCGGCUCCAACCCUGAUCGUUCUCUCAUCCUCGCCUUCAAAACCAUCGGCAUUAUGGCUGAUAGGUUGGGACUUGUUGCCACAAUAAAGGAUCGUGCUAAUGAGAUAUACAAGAAGGUUGAAGAUCAGAAAUCUAGUAGAGGAAGAAACCAGGAUGCCAUUCUUGCUGCCUGCUUAUACAUUGCUUGUAGACAAGAGGACAAGCCUCGCACUGUAAAGGAAAUAUGCUCUGUUGCAAAUGGUGCAACGAAGAAGGAGAUUGGUCGGGCAAAGGAAUACAUAGUGAAACAGUUGGAGCUUGAGAUGGGUCAAUCCGUUGAUAUGGGAACAAUACAUGCAGGGGAUUUCAUGCGACGAUUUUGUUCAAACCUUGGAAUGGCAAAUCAAGCUGUUAAAGCUGCCCAAGAAGCUGUUACAAAAUCAGAAGAGUUUGACAUAAGGAGGAACCCUAUAUCUAUUGCUGCAGCUGUUAUAUAUAUAGUUACUCAACUUUCAGAUGAUAAAAAGCCUGUCAAAGAUGUAUCACUUGCCACAGGUGUAGCGGAAGGCACAAUAAGAAAUUCUUUCAAGGACCUCUACCCUCAUCUCUUGAAGAUAGUGCCAAAUUGGUAUGCUCAGGAGCAGGACCUCAAGAACCUCAACAGCCCUUAAACCUAUUAAUUAAACCAAUCAUCUGGGAUUUUAUUCUGAGGAUCUAUGAAUGCUAGAUUCCUAAUGCUGCAACUACUCAUUAUAUAAAACAGUUAGGUUUUAAUCUUUCAAGUUAGAGCCAAUGGCAAUUUUUUAUUGUUCAUAUCUGUUGAUGUCUCCUAGAAAAUGGCUGAAGUGGCAAUGUGUUGAAGUUCUAGUUAAAAUGGUUGAAUUAAAAAUGUAUUUUGGUUUUUAAUAAAUAAAAUAAAGCUAUA